AUGGGCAUUUUGGGAAUUGGGAGGACUCAGUUCAAUCCUUCUUCUAAGAUUCUUUUCGGUGAUGGGCUUGUUGGGCUGGAUGGUGAUAAAUGGGCCGUCCAUAGAAAGAUCACUAGCCAGGCCUUUAACAUGGAAAGAGUUAAGGGUUGGAUCCCAGAAAUAGUGGCUAGUACGAAAAAGAUGAUGCACAGAUGGGAGCAAGAAACAAGCGAGAGAAGUGAAUUCGAGGUGAAUGUGCAUAAAUAUCUUCAUGAGCUCUCUGCAGACAUCAUAUCCCGAACUGCUUUUGGUAGCAGUUUUGAGGAAGGGAAACGUAUUUUUGAAUUACAAGAACAGCAAGCCAAUCUUUUUUUGCAGGCACUACGAAGUGUAUACAUCCCUGGAUUCAGGUUUUUGCCUACCAAGAAAAAUAAAAUGAGGUGGAAUUUAGAGAAGGAAACUCGGAAGUUAAUAAGAAAAAUGAUCGAGAAUAAUGGCAAAAGUAGAGAAAAUCCGCAGGCUCUACUUACAUUAUUAAUGUCUCCAUAUAAGUCAGAGGAUGGUAAAGAGGAUAGACUCGACUCAGAGGAAAUCAUAGAUGAAUGCAAAACAUUCUACUUUGCAGGAAAGGAAACAACUGCAAAUCUAUUGAGUUGGGCACUUCUCCUUUUAGCAAAUCAUCAAGAAUGGCAGAGUAGGGCACGGGAAGAAGUUCUCUGCACCUGCAGAGACGGGGCAUUCCCAACUGCAGAAAAUUUAACUGACCUCAAACUUGUUGGCAUGAUAAUCAAUGAGACUCUUCGACUCUACCCUACAGCAGUAGCGCUGAUGAGACAAACAUCUAAGAGAGAAUAUUCUGGUAUUGUUAAAAGCUGUAUAUUUGGUGGACAUUGGGAAUUUCUGAAUUCACUAAUAACGGUUUCUUCAUUUGUGUUACCCUUUGUAGAGAGGAAGGGUGAUCCUGAUUAUAUUCUCAUAAAUAGAUGCACUGGGAGUUAUGAGAUUAUCUCUAUUUUGUGGUACCUUUGGUUGUAUCCUCUGUAA